UCGACAAGAGUUUUGAACGGAAAACCGGUUCAGUGCGCGGUUGUUCCGUUGUGGAAGAAAAAUAAUAAGAAGAAGAAGAAGAAGAAGAGUGAAGAGAGAUACAAAAAAAAUAAGAAGAUAAAUUGACAAAAUAUGGCCGCCACCACAAUGAGCCACGUGUUCGAAUACGAGAACGAGUUAAAUGAUAAUUUGUAUAACUUAAAAAUGUCUGGCAGUAUCAACAACAACAACAACAACAACAACAACAACAACAACAACAACAACAAGACAAGUAACAAUAGUAAAACUAUGAGAAGAAUGUUAAAACCAUUGUUACGUUUGUUAAAGAAGAAAACAAGCAAGGGAAAAUAUAAUAAGGGUCAAAAAGCUAUGCCCCAAUCAGAUGUCUUCACCGAGGAGGUUGACAAUCAAAACAACGCUAACGAGGCCUUGGAAAGAAGACUAUUGGCUGAACUCCAAGAUGCUGAAGAGGGUGCAGCCAUUACCGUUUGUCUCGACGGUCAAAUGACAGUUGUACCGGUUGUUCCUGGCCAGUGUUACGUACCUGUACACUUUGCACACACCCACGCAGGUGAUUUUUACUGGACGACCCUAACCCUUGCUGACAGUGAUCUUUGCUACAAGGAACGAGCAUUCUCUCAACAUCAAACGCCAGAAAUGCAAGUUGCGUGAAAUUCUAAUUUGA